AUGUUAAACUUGACAAAACUGAAAUUCGUGGCCCUGGAUAUUUCUGGCAAAAAUUAUUUAUCAUGGAUUCUGGAUGCUCAGAUCCAUUUGGAUGCCAUGAACCUUGGAGACACAAUUAAAGAAGACAAUGAUGCAUCAUUGCAAGAUAAAGCAAAUGCCAUGAUUUUCCUCCGGCGCCAUAUUAGUGAGGAACUGAAAACUGAAUACCUCACUGAAAGAGAUCCACUUUGUUUGUGGAAUAAUUUGAAAGAAAUAUAUAAUCAUCAAAAAACAAUCAUCCUCCCAAAGGCCAGGGCUGAUUGGCUGCAACUAAGGUUGCAAGAUUUUAAAACUGUGGCUGAAUAUAACUCUGCUCUAUUCAAAAUCAACUCUACAUUGAAAUUAUGUGGUGAUACUGUUACUGAUGAACUUUUGCUUAAAAAAACAUUCACCGCAUUUCACGCCUCGAAUGUACUCUUGCAACAACAAUAUCGAGAGCGUAGAUUUAAAAAAUAUUCAGAGCUGAUAUCAUGUUUGCUUAUGGCAGAGCAAAAUAAUGAGCUUUUGUUUAGAAACCACCAGUCCCGUCCAACUGGAUCGACACCGAUCCCUGAAACAUAUGUUGCCUCAUCCUGUGGUCGUAGACGCGGACGCGGACGUGGUCGUGGUGGUAGAAAUGAAUAUGGUCGUGGCAAAAAUAACUACCACAAUAAUGAAUAUGGUCAUGCUAGAAAUCAUUCUUAUUAUUGUGAAGGAUAUCAAUCCUCACAUUUUCGCAAUCAGAGAUCCACACCAUAUCCUCAAAGGAGAGAUCAUCAUGAAAUGAAAUAG